AUGCGCCUCCAGCACAACGGUCUCACCAUCCUGGUGUCCCUCUUCUUCUUCAUGGCCCUAGUCUCAGCCCACACCGUCCACUGCGCCGGCAAAGCCCUCGCCGCAAAUACACACGACCUCGCCGACGCACUCACCUACCUGCACUGGAUGGCCGAGGGCAAGCUCUGGCUCGGCGACGCCACCCACGCCACGAAAGUCCACACCCUGGCCCCGGACUCCUGCGAGCAGAUUGCUUGUAUUGGGGGCGCGGAGGUGCGCUGGUGUAAUGAGGAUCCUGUUAGCCCCCGCAGCAUGGAUGUCCAGCAUGUUGUUGAGGGCGCGACGGUUCUGCUUACUGAGUGUCUGGAUACGUAUAAGGGGGAGCAGGUUGCGGGUGGGUAUCUGACGCAUCCGGAUAACUGGUCUGUGAUUGUGCAGGAGGUGGAGAAGUGUGAGGGGAGGGUUUGGCGUGGGAAGGGGGUUGAGGCUUAG